UUAAUCUGUAAGGCAGGCAAAGUAAUAUAAUGUUUGUACCUUGUUAAUUUAUGUCGGUGAUCAUAAUAGAAAGGUACAAAUUAAAGGUACAUUAAUGUUUACAAAAAAAUACAUAUUCACACAGUGAAAGAAGUCAUAAAACAGCUUACAGUGGAACAAUUGCAUACUUAAAUGUUAAUAUAUGAUGUUAAAUUAAGUUCAUAUUUUUAAGACAAAUUGAAAAUCAUUUUGUAUUCAAUCAGCAUAUGAGGAUAUAUAAAAAUCGGCUAAACACGUGCAGAUGAAUGAGACGUUAACAAUAGCUGAUCCACAUGCAUUUUACGUGGGAAUUAAUUCUGAAAUAUAUCGUUAUGAAAUGUCAACAGAGAAUCAUUUGAAAUGUACAGAGAAAAAACAAGGCCUGUCACCCAGUGCACAAGAAAACAAUGUUGGAGAACAAGGGAAGUCUGUGAACCUCCAUGGUGAUGGGAAUAAAGAGAUUACAGGUGUGACAGAAUCAUCUGCAGCAGAAAUAUUAAAGACAAUUGUAAUUGCCAGUCAGAAUGCUGGUCACCAACAAAUACUGGCUAACAGUAUAGAUUCAACACACACUAUGGAGAGUACAUUACCACAUGAUUUACAGAGCUUUAAAGGAGACCCUUUUGUGCAGAUGAUAAACAAGAAACAGAAUGGACUUGCACAGCAGCAUGAUCAACAACAGAAUGCCCAGUAUGUUAUACAAGGGUUACAGGAGAUGAAUACCACUCCAACAAACUUUAAUGGUGUUAAUACACCUCUGAUAAAUGGGUUAGUUAAUUCUCUCAAAUCAAAAACAGCUGUUGAAGGAAUACAUGGAAAUGCAGAGCAUAACUCUAUACUGAACGGUUCUGAAAUGCCGUCAUUUGAAGACUUAAACUCUCAUAAUCAGCAAUCCCAAGACUACAGUAUUGAAAAAAAUGGUGUGCUUCAGAGACUUCUUUCUGGGGAAAAUAUAAGUGAUCGAGGAUUACAUGUGACUAUCCCAUCAGGUAGCUUUACAGUUUCUAGUCCUGCAGAUUAUUCAAAGUCAUCACCAACUUCAUCUGCAAACAGUCCGUAUGGGGAGUCGAACUUAAGUCCAUUUGGUGAGAACACUGAUGUAACUUCUUACAUGGAAACUGAUACCGCUGGGUUGAAAAAUCUCACAAAAACAGUGAAUGUCUCGGACACAACAACUCAAUCAAGUCUGAUUACACAUACUAAUAAUUUACAGUUAGAUUCAAUGAUUGAGAGUGAAGUUAAAUAUGAUAUGGCCUGUGAAUGGGAUGUUACAAAACUUGAUGAAAAUCUUGAUCGCGUAAAAACUUGCAAAGUGCCGAGAUUGCCACAUGAUUCUGAUGCUUCAUCAGCUUUAUCCCCAAGUGUAGAUAAUGUUUUUAGCGCAGAGGGUGCACAGCAGGAGGUUCCGUCAGAUUUUACUUUCCAGUUAUUUGGGCAAGGAGAGUCGGAGACAAAUCCAAUUAGUGUGUUUCCUGGAAUUGUGUCGGGAACCGGUGAAGUAUCUCCAAGUCAGAAUUCGCCUCCUAUGUCUACAGCAGUGGAGCAGCCAUUCAAAACACCACAAUCUAUUCCACAUAAUGUUGUUAAACAGCAAAGAGAACGUUUAAGAAGAGCAAAAGAACCUAUCUUAAGUCAGGCGUUCCCGGCUAAGAUACACGGCUAUGAGUUACGCAUACUACAGCAGCCAGAGGAGCAACAUAGAGCACGAUAUCUGACAGAGGGAAGUCGUGGGUCCGUGAAAAACAGGAGUGGGUCUGCUUAUCCACAAAUCAAGCUCUUUGGUUAUUCAGGGGAAGCAACUCUACAAAUAUUUAUUGGAAAUGAUAGUGGACGUGUGCGGCCGCAUGGUUUUUACCAGGCAUGUAAAGUUUGUGGGAAGAACUCCACCAUGUGUACGGAGAAAGACAUAGAUGGCACCACUGUCAUUGAAAUAGAACUGACUUCUGCCAAUGACAUGACAGCAUCGGUUGACUGUGUAGGAAUUCUUAAACUGAGGAAUGCAGACGUUGAACAGAGGAUAGGAAUUGCUAAAGCGAAGAAGAAAAGUACGAAAGCUCGGAUGAUAUUCCGUGUGACGUUUCAGAAACCAUGUGGGAACCCACAGGUUCUUCAAGUGGCAUCAUCCACCAUCCUUUGUACGCAGCCGGUCGGUCAGCCAGAGAUAUGUAAGAUGAGUUUAAGUGAGUGCUUGAUUACAGGUGGGGAAGAGUUAUUCAUCAUCGGAAAGAAUUUUCUGCGGGGAACACAUAUUCUGUUUCAGCAAGUCAGUGAAGAUGAUACCAGUGUGGUGGUUUGGCAGAAGGAAGGAGAUAUAGACAAAGAUUAUUUUCAGACGACUCACAUGAUAGUGACAGUACCAGAGUAUACGGGCAAGUCAUUUAUGGGACAGAAGGUAGAAUGUCAGGUAGUUGUUAACAGUGGGGGUAAGCUGAGUGAUCCACAGCCAAUCUUCUAUAGGCCAGUGGAUCCAACAAAUGUAGUUAUUAAGCAAGAUGUUAUGGACACAAUAGAAGAAUCUAGAAAAAGAAACUACCCAUUUGUGGCCCCAGAAGCUUUGGAGUUAAACCAACAGAUUCAACAAGUUCAGCAGGUCUCCAGUAACUCAGACAUGUUCCAGCUUCCACCCGGCAUCAUUUCUGGCAUGUCUGAAACCAACAAUUUCAUGCCAAUGGAGCAGGGUACAAAGGAGGGGAUCCAGACUGAUCAAUCAUCAGCCAAUGAAAAUCUUCAGGAAGAUCUUGGGAAAGAAGGGAACAACAACUUUUCAUUGGACCAGAAAUCAUUUGGACAGGACCAUGAUACAAAUAAUACUUGGAAUUCAGAACAAGAUUCUGUAAAUAAUUCAAACAAGGAGAAAAACGAGUUAAAUUUGGAUUUAAGUAAUCUAAAUUAUACAUCAAUGAACACUGAAGAAUUCAAUGAAGACAAUCAGUUGGAUAGUGAUUUUGUGCGUUUGAAAUCGCCACGACUAUCAAAUGAAGAUUUAUUUAACGGACAUAUGGGGAUGCAGAAUCCUCCUGUUACGAAAGAUGAUAGUGUUGUGACACAGUUUCUACAAAACAUUUCUAUGGCGAUGAAGGAAUCUGAUCCUAUGUUUAGUGGUAAUGAAACGCUAGUGUCAGAAAUGGUGACGGAACAAACUAAUAGCAUACCAACGUCUAUGAACAGUCGUUUACAUGUUCAACAAAAUAAAACAAGUGAUGAAAAGUCAUCAAAUUUUGAACAUUCGUUUUUAAAAGAAGCCUUAACUUGCCCGCCAGCAAGUUUACAACAUCAGAAUAUUCAUACGCUGACCAAUCAGAAAACAUCUUCUAUGUUUGCUCAUAAAGUUGAAAGUGAAGUGUCGGAUAUAAACAUGCAAAUUGACAGCAGUACCUCGGAGCAAGGACUUAAACUUGAGGAAGUAAUGGAUUAUAACUUGACUGGCUCAGAAGCUAAGAACACUUCCGCAGUUCAGUUUGAGUCUGAAACAACGUGUCAGGUAGACAACUCGGCACAAUUUUCUGAAUCAAAUACAGCUGUGCCCUAUUCCCAAAGUAUUACUUCACAAACACAACAAGUAGAAAUGCCGUUUUCUCCGUCACAUGUUUUUGCUGCUUGGAAUAAGAGUCCAACAAUUAAUAUGGAUACAAAGCCUGUAUUUUGUGUGGUGGAUGGAGCGGCUUCAAACUCGGUACAAGGUGCAUCACAACACACACCUGACCUGAUGAAUACAUUCACACACGAGUCACACCAGACAACCAUUAUGUCAAGUAUGGUCCAAGAUCAGUCAAAGACAGCAGGGUUACAACAGACAGAUCCGGUAACCAUGGGCAACCACCUUCAUAAAUCUAACUCAAAUACCAGUCUUACACAACAAUUGAAGAGUUCAGACCUUAACCAAGCCAAUCAGAUCAGUGCAGUUCUACAACAGAUGUUAUCUCAAGCAGGUUUAUCUAAGCAAGGCGGACAGCAUUAUACUGCAGGCGCUACACCAGCAAAACAACAACAUUUUGUUGCACCUAUACCACCUUCUCAACAACAACAGUUUCAGAAUCAGACAGAAAAUGUAAAUGAUCUGCAGCAGCAACAACAACAACAAUUGUUUACAGAUCAUCAACUACAACAACAACAACAACAGCAGCAGCAACAACAAUUGUUUCAGCAUCAAGAACCGGACCAGCCUUUGACUCCGCAACAACAGCAUUACCAACAGUCCCAAUAUCAGCAGCAACAAACAAUGGAGCAAAGUCAGAAUCAUGCUAUUCAACAGCAACAAAGUCAAGCUGUUCAGCAGCAAUUAAAUCCUGCUAUUCAGCAGCAAGCACAGGGGCAGUAUUUUCAGCAACCACAAAAGCAGCUAGAAGCUGUACAAUCACCUGGAAGUCCAAUGAUUGCAGUGACACCAACCCAUUCAACUCCUGGUCAGACAUCUGUCUUGACCUCAAUACCAAAUCAAAGUCAGAAUCCUCUGGCCCCUCAGAUUAUCAUCUGUAACAACCCUAGCACUGGGAACCAGCUUCCCCAGACACAAUUUGGAUCUCCUAGUAUAGUCAUAGUUCCAGGACAAGGUGGACCUAAUAAUCAAGUUGAGAACUUGCUGCGAUCAAUUCUUGGAAGUAUGAUGCAGCCACAACAACAACAACAACAGCAGCAACAACAACAACAACAAGAUAAUCCACAACAAGCAGCUCCAUGACCAUGAUUAUCUAUCAAAUCAUCUUGUUGUAUAUUUUGCUACUGAUUCAAUCUUUUCUGUGAUUUUGAUGAUCUGAGUCUUUGUGAAGCUUUAAUAGGAUUACAGUUGUGCAAAGAACAUUGUGGUUUUUUUUUGAAAGACGUUUUUUCAUAAUAUAUAUAUUGUAUAUAGAAGUGUAAAUAGUGGUUGGAGAAUGCGGUAAUUUUUAACAACAAAAAAAUAAAUGCCCAGACUAGAGUCUGGGAGAGUUAACAAUGUUGCUAUCAUUAAAACAGGAAGUUUAUGUUAUUGACAUUAAUAUUGUAUGAUAGAAUAUGAUGGGUGCUAAUAUUUACAGUUAUUUGUCAUCCAUUGUCCUGUUCUUAUAACAGUAUAAUAUAACUUGUGGAAACUGGAAGAAAAAUUCUCAAGUAGACACUGGUGAUGUUGUUGAAACAGGUUGUUAAUAAAGCAAAUAUCUUGGAAUGAGGAUGAAGAUAUUUAUGUGAAGGACACUUGUCUGAUGUUUGUAGAUAUUGUCUACCUUAUUGAAAGAAGUAUUUGACUAUGGCAGCUAGCUUGGUUUUUGUGCUUUAAGGUGACAAAGGGAAACUUAUGUGCAAUAUUAGUUAGAAACUGUACUAUUUUUGUUAUGGAACAAAAGUGUGCUAUGUAGUAUUUUAUUUUUGUUUUAUGAAGAGAAGUGUUAUAUAGAGUGGUAUACUUAAGUUUGCUGAAGUGAAAUAAAAUGAAAAGUGUAAAGACAAGUAUACCUUUGAAUGUUUUUUGAACAACCAGUCUAUGAAAUGACUCUUUGUCAUUGGUUGGUUUUACAAAUGUGAACAGAGGAAAAGCCAAUCAGAAGCAUUGAGUUUAGGCUGGUUUUUGGUGUGAAGUGUAAUAAGAACAUUAAUAUCUAGAUAAGAAUUUGGAUUACAUUUAGUAUUAAUUAUUAAUUUACUGUUAUUGUUUUAUCAUUGAUAUAGUGUGAUGUUUUUUUGUCAUUUGUACAUAAAAAAUUUCAUCAUGUAUUUUACUGGAUAUAGAAUAUUACUUCAUAUAGAAAUCAGUGACAGCAUUGCUAUAGCUAAUAGUAUUGUAGAGAUAAAGGGCUCACAGAUUAGAAAGAGAUUAUUCUAGAAUGUUUGAUAUGAAAAAUAUAUGUUCUAAACAAUUGUGUAUGUUAUUGUAUUAAAGUUAUGUAUUGUGCUUUAAAUUUCCAUGGACACGAAUUGCUGACAAUAAUGUUAUCAGCAAUGAAUAUAACAUGGCUUUUGUCGCACACUUUUGUGUUUACUGCAUGAUGAAAGUUCCUGGGUUAAAAGCCAAACUUAGUAUAUGUAGAAUAUAUAGAAAAUAAGCAAUGGCAUGAAAAAAAUAUAUCUGUAUAUUUAAAUUUAAGUAUGAUUUUUUAUGUGGACAAAUGUUAGGUAUAGGAUAAGAAUAAAAUAUAUUUUGUGUAUUGUCUAGUCCAAGUUUGGUACAAUUUUUAAUCAAAUAUCCUGUAAUUUAGAAUUUGAAAAUAGAACUCAAGUUGAAUGAUACUGAAAAAGAAAACUCAGUAAGUCGAUUUCUGUUGAAACAUACCCCCUGGAAUUUUAUUAAAACAAUCUGAAACUGACGUAAAUGUAACUUGGUUAUGUAAUUAAGUGAUUGUUUUGACAGGGAUUAUGUAGGUAAGCCUUGAUUCAUUGAGAUUAUUGUCAAAUAAAAUGUCUUUCAAGGAAUUUUGUUUUAAUUCCUUUAAUUACCUGUGGUUAACAGAAACAUAAUACAAAAUGUAGUAUUUGAAGAGUGAUAACUUCACUUUGGGUAUGAUAAAAAAAUUGUUUAUUUACUUCCUAGUUAAUGAUUAUUUUAGGAAAUAAAAAAUUAUCUGAUAGAGCUUGAGGAACUAGGAAUAAUUUGGGAUAUAAAAAAAGUUGUUUCUCCUUUUAAAUGAUGUCCAGAAUGAUGCUUUAAAAAUAUUAAAUUCUAGUCUUAAGGUUUUCCAAACAUAUUGAUAGCUUGAAUAGAUUUAAAAAACUUUCAGAUACAUGUAUUAUUCUGAAAUGUCUCUUAAAAUGUCACAAUGUUAAGGUGAGAAGUGUAACUAACAAUUCUGAAGUAUUUUAAAUUUACUCUUGUUAUUAAUAGUUUGUUUACCUUGACAUUUUUAAAGUAUGAAGUUUUAUAUAAAUAAUUAUAUUGUAGAUGUGGGCAGCUUUUAUAUUUGUAUUUUUAAUAGAGUAGAAAAUGUUUAUACAAUCUCACAUAAUAAAAUCAACAUAUUUCCUUUUUCUUCUAUGAUAACUUUGAUCACCUAUUAGAAAUAUUAUGGAAGAAUCAUUGACAAGUAUAUUGUUUCAUCAUAACAUACAUGUAAUGUUUAUAAAUACAAAAUUGUGUAUAAAACUCAUCAUUAUCAACCCAUUACAUAACUCCUUAUAGCAGUAUCACCCCCAUUACAUAAAGUGUUAUUACAUUAAUCAUAUAAAAGCUGAGGCAAUUUACUUAAAGGUCAAAAUCAAUCAUCACAUUUUAGGGAGUGUUGUAUUUUUGAAAUCAUGUUAUUUUUUGUGUCAUAAUAAUUCUAGGAAUGUUAACUUUCUGUUUUUCUUAUGAAUUAAUAUAGUUUGAUGGGUUGUACUAACUUAAUACAAACAAUUUCCUUAUUGGAGGAAAGCUCUGAAUUAAUUUGAGCCGCGUCACGACAAAACCACAUAAUGGGUUGCGACCAGUACAGGCUGGUCUGGAUCCAUGCUGGUUGCAAACCCAUUAUGUUAGUUUUGUCGUGAAGCGGCUUAUUCCACCUUUCAUGCAACAUAUUCUGAAAAUAAGUGAAUAAAAUACCAUGCUUGUUUGACAGAUUGGGAACAGUAAAAAUACCCCUUCAAACAUUUAAUAUAUAUGAUCAUUCCUUCAGAUUUUGUUUCGUAAUAAUGUACCAGGUCCUGUCUUUGAAAUUAUAGAUUAUUCCCAACGAUAUCUUUCCAAGAUAUAUGCCAAUUAAUAUCAGCUGAUAAUUUAUUUCAUAGAAAUUGUUGCUGAAUUCAUAAUUUUGCAUAAAAAAAGAAAUUCUUUGAACUUUGAAUUAAGUUGGGAUUGGCAUUUGAUACUUCAUUAAUUUUGAUAUUAUUUCCUCAUUAUAUUAACAAAAAAGAUGAAAACAGUAUGCAAAAAUCUUUUAACUACACCCCAUGCUAAUAUUCAUGUUUAUUUCUUUGAUAAAUCUCAAGAUUUUCAACCCCCUACUUUUAUUUUCUUUGAAACAUUCUGCAAAAAAAAAGUGCAAGAUUCCAUUGUAUUUAUAAAGGUAUAAAAAUGGUAUUCUAUUUUUCAAAUUGUGCCUUGAUACAAGCUAGCAGGAGAAUUACAGUAUUACAUCUUUAUGAAUCUAUAAACCUUCUCUAUUUGAAUAAUGAUGUAGAGUGAUAUUUUUAUAUAUAAGAUAAUUGAUGGAUUUUCAGUAUGUUAUUUAACAUAUUUAACCCUUGAUCUGCCUGAACAAUAAGUGAUUGACCUUGGUUGCUAGUAAAUAUAGGACUGGUCAGCCUAUACAAAUUUAACAUUCAAUCUGACCAGGCUCUAGAUUGUUGUCUGACAAGCUCAACCUGUUGUAUUUUGAUGUUUUCAAAAUGAAUAACAGAUUGGUGCGUAAAAACGGAAAAACCUGAAAGUCCAUUUAAGAAAUUUGACAGUUUAUCUGAGUUAAUACACUGAUUGCUUGUGUAAAACUGGUGAUGAUUAUUUUUAAUCUACAAUCUUUCAUAAUAUUCACAAAUAACAGUGUCAGAGAGAGUAAGUGAUCAGUAUACCUGUGUCAAAGACAGUUUCUUUCCCAGACAUUAAUUUUGUGUAUGUAGGUGAUUGUUCACAAUCAUAGAAUGAGUUUAUAUUCAUCCAUUAAAUGUAGCAUUUUCUUUUCUCUUUAUAACACUUAUUGUGAAAAAUUUUCUUAGUUUCAUUUAUAUAUGGAGUUUAAAUUUUUUUCAUUUUACACUUCUUUUGAAAUUGUUUACCUGCACUCAUUUACAAUCAAAUUUUCAUUAUGCCUUUUUUAUGGAAUAUUACAAAAAUGUUUUAAUAAUUGCAUUUCCACCAAGUUUUAUUAUUGUAUAAUCAUAUUAUAUAAACAUCUGUAUUAAUAGAUUGUUGCCUAAAUACAUAUCAAAAUUCACUAUGUUUUCUGAUUUAAGCCUAACAAAAUUAUUGUUUAUAUUCCAUGUCUGGGGCUUGUAUAACAUGCACAAGUUAUUUCUUAUAUUUGUUACAUUUUUAAUUUUAAUUACAUAUGUCCUAAUUUUUUAAGAACUUAUUUCUAUUUGUUUUUAUAUAUGCAUAAUGAAAUGGAAGGUUAUUGCAGCUUUUUUUCCGUUAGGUCAUAAAACAUUUAACAUUAUAUAAAUAACACAUAGGUUUGUGAGUAACAGUAAAAAUACCACCCCAAGGAAAAUACUGUUAGUCGAGGAGUAAGUCACAUGGAACACUUGAGUUAGCAUUAAGAAUAACUCUCAUUGGCUUAUGGGAAAUUAACAUUACAAAAACAAUGAGGAGUAAUUAUUUUAAUAUACUUGAUUACAUUAAUGACUUAAAAUAUUGUAGUAAAACAGGACAGGAAAGAUAUCAACUUUACUCGAGUAGAGUAAAUAAUUUGCCUUGCUGCCAGUAUAAAGUCAGCCAGAUCCUUUACUGUACUGCUGGCAUCUUCCCUUAAACAUUUUGAAAUUUAAAACCCCUUAAGCUAACAAUGGAAAAAUUCUAAAAUAAAAGCUGGACUAGCCGAUUUCAUCAAUAAAUUGGAAUCAUGUUACAUAGAAUUGUAUCAAUUGCUCACAUAGCAUUAUUUCAUAGGUGUCAAAAAUAGAAAUGUUAUUUUCUUCAAAUUAGUUUUUUAAAAACUAUAGAGAUUAUUAUAACAAAUCAAAUAUAAACAAAAUGUCAGCUAUUAUUUGUCUUACAUUUGAUCAAUGAUACUCAAGGUUUUUGUCACAAUUUUGUUAAAAUCUAGUCAAUUUAUACACAUUUUAAUUGAAUUGAAAUGAAAAAGAAAUGCUAUUCAACAUUUUAUUUCAUGUUUUUUGUUAUAAUGGAAGAAAUUAUAGUUAGAAAAGUCAGGAACCCAUGGGAUCUAUCACUUAAAUUUAUUAACUGUAAAAAACAACAAAAAAACUGACUGUUUACUCCAAUUAACAAUUGUUACCAAACUUAAAAUAAGCAUUGUUGCAUAAAAUUAUUGCAACUCUAAGACAUGCCAUUCAAGACAAAAUUCAAUUUUCUGUGGUUGAAUUAAUUUACUUAUCAACUACUGACCAAGAAAAUUACACAUUAGACAAAUGUUAAUGUUAGUUUUAUGGCAUCAGAUAUUUUUGUAUGAUUAAUAUUAAGUUAUAUGUCAAGUCAAACAAAUCAUUUUUUUAUUUAUGAAGUUAUCAGCAUUUUUUUUUUUUUUUUUUUUUUCAACAAUCAAAUUUUGCAUAAUUUAGUAUGAUUUAUCAAACUAAAUAUUUCAGAUUCCUUGAUUAAAUUUCAUAUAUAUUAAACAUAUAAAAACACACUAUUUGAUAAAGUAGGAUAUAUCAAUCUACAUAGUGAUGUGAUCUUUAUCAACUUGUAUAUUUUAAGGUUAUAGGUUGAAUAUAUUUAUGUAAUUUUAAUUGAAUGAAUGUAGAUCAGGGAACAUCAAAGAUUUUAAGUCACUUUCUUCUAAGUCUGUGAUAGAAAAUACAUGUUCACUAUGACCGAUCGUUCUCUACAUCCAUUGGGGACCAUUUCAGUCUUCUUUUUAUUUAUUUUUUUUCUUUUUGAUAAGUUUUUGAAUUAUGUUAAAACAUGUUUAUGUAAUAUCAUUUCUUGUAUAUUUUGUUUUUGUGUUCAAAUUCUGUAUUCAUACUCACUUUUGUUUCAUUCUUCAUAGAUAUAGAGAAAACACGCAAGGCUUAUAAAGUAGAAUUUUGGUUUGUUUCUGAUGGUUGAACAUUAAAAUAAAAGACGCAUCUGUAAAACUUAGAUGCAUCUUAUUUUUACUAAAUGAGGACCAACAUCAAAUAUUGAAAGAAAACAUUACUAUGAUCACUUCUAUCCAAUGUGACACAACUUUUAUUUCUAUAAAAAUAUUAUAAGCAUUCUGUGGUUAAAAAUGAAUAAUCCAUUUCAAAUAAAUUUAUAUAGAAUCAUGCAUCAGAAACAAACCAUUAUUACAUCUUAUUUGCUCUAUAUCAGUAUUUUUGUAUUGAGAAAAAAAAUAUUUUCAUUUCGUUAUAUUAAAUCACCUGAAUGACUUGACACCUGUUGUACCAGAUGUAUAUUUGAGUGUUAUCAUUGUUAUAAGAUGCCAAUUGAUGUGUUUAAAAAAUAUGCCCUUUCCACUCAUACCUUAAUUUCAGUUUAUAAGUAAACACCUUUCAUGUGUAAAUAUGUUAUACUCUUAAGUUACAAUGCAAGUAAAGUAAGUAAGAAAUGUAACAAAAUUAUUCUGCUUGCCAUGUAUGGACAUUCAAAGCCUGGAAAAAAAGAAAAAAAUUAUAUGUAGGGAUAUUGAAAGUGUCUUUUUGUGUCGCCUCUAAGGAGUAGUGGCGACAUAUAGGGAUCACUUCUCCGUCGUCUGUCUGUCCAUCUGUCUGUCCGUCCGUCACAAAACUUGUCCAGAUUACUCCUCAUAAACUACUGGUGCAAUUUCAUCCAAACUUUACAGGAAUGAUCAGUACCAAGUCUAAAUGUGCAUAUUGUCAGCAUUUUCCGGUUCAGUGAUUUUUGUCAGAGUUAUGGCCCUUUAAUCAUUUUUAUUUUUAAAGUUUGUCCGGACUACUUCUCUUAUACCACUAAUGCAAUUUCAUUGAAACUUUACAGGAUUGAUCUGUAGCUCAAGUCCUUGCGCAUAUUGCAUUGGUUUUCCAGUUGAAUGAUUUUUGGCCGAGUUAUGGCCCUUUGAUAUAAAGGUGUUUUUUUCUGUGUGUUGCCAGAUACACAAAAGCUUGUCCGGACUACUCCUCAUAAACUAAUGGUGCAAUUUUAUCCAAACUUUACAGGAAUGAUCAGUACCAAGUCUAGUUGUGCACUGUCUGUCCGUCUGUCACAAAACUUGUCCCAACAUGAAAUUGGCCAUCAUGAGGCGACACAUGUGAUCACUGAUCGCUCUUUUUAUUAUACAUAUAUAACACAAUAGUGACAUGAUAUUAUUUAUAAACCGGUGACAAAAUGGUGAUAUGUUCAGCGUUUGGGGCAUAAUUACGUUCUACAAGUCAAUCCUUUCUUUUAUGAUUUUUUGUAUGCUGAAAUUUGCUACUCCUUUGUUGUGGCAUGUAUAUGACUAAUUGCAUGUAUGUAGAAAACAUUAUGUUAUAGUACAUGUAAUUUACUUGCACAUUAAAUUUGUAUUUUAUCUUCUCUGUUCAGGUUAAUUAAAUGAAACAUAAGAUUUCUUUCUAAUUGUAAAUGUAUAUUAUGUAAAGCUUGGUUACUCUUGUUUAGAGUUUCGUGCAAACUUAGUGCUUUAUCAUAGUGUGAUCAUUUUGUUGUUUGUGAAGCUUUUUUGAAUUAUACUUAUAAUAUUUCAUUUUGAAAAAAACUGAACUAUGUUUUUGCCAUGCCCUUGCAUCUUUCUUAUGUGAAAUUGAUAUGUUUUGUAAUUGUAUUAGAAGAGUUUGUUUUAGCAUUGAGGGUAGGGGAGGAUGUGGUAAUCAUAUAUGAUUAAACAUUGUGUAAUACAGUGAUAUAUUUCACCAUUAUGUCAACAUUCACCAUCUCAGCUGUAGUAAUAUGAAUUAUUACAUUCUCUGAAGUGUUUAUCACUAGUAUACAAGGUCUUCUAUGUCAGCCAUGUAACAACGAAAGUAGAUUAACUCAUUGCGAGUGGUGUCCAUCAAACUGUCUUUUCUUGUGAUAAAAAAACUACCACCAAAACUUAAAGAUUGUUUACUUAAUUAAUGUCUAUAAUUAUCAAAUUUCCCUUUUGCUAAUUACUUUAUAUCAAUUUUACAGUAUCCCUGUUUGUAGAAAGUGUGUUAUCUAUAAAAUUGGAAUUUGAAACUAGUUUAAGGACUUCUUUUAUUGCAAUGUCAUAUUACAUGUAAUAGAAACAUAUUCAUGAAAAGUCAAGAAUCAAAUUUGGUUUGGAUCGUAUAAAUAGAAUGAAAAUUGAAAUGUGUUUUUGUGUAAAUAUAGAUAUAUUCUUUUAUGAAUUAUUCAUAACAAAAGUUUUUUUCUGUUAACUUAUCCAUUGAAACUGUUAUUUUUUAAGUUUUUGAAAUUGCAUUAAAAAUGAAACUCUUUCAGAAAUAAAAAAUGGCUUAAAAUU